CAGAGGAGCACUGACGGUUGGCGUUAAAGUAUAGUUACCAGAACUAAGAAUCAGUGGGACAAAGAUGAAGGCUUCCUAUGGCACGGCGCAUCCGCCACAGGUCACGGCCUGAUAGUGACUUAUACACCUAAUUUGUUUCGAAGCAUAUCUCAAGUUCGCUGCACAUUCAUGCAACUUCGCUGUUCGCUCGUUUAACUUUGCGGUCAGAAUGAAAAUCAACGUUUUGUGUCACUUAUUUUUUCAGUAUGUUAAAUGUUACUAACCAAAAGAAGACAAACUUUCAAUUUCGUUACGAUCAUCUAUACGAGUGGAAAAUAACCCUUACUGAGUGAAGGCAAAAAGUACUAAUUUUUUAAAAAUAAUUUGAAUAAUUAAACAACGAUUUAACGUAUUAUUUAUGUAAUAAACAUAACCAAACUUGUAUGUUAGUCUCGAUCAAGUUUAUCUUUACGCACGAUGACCUACCCACCUAAAAUGUUUGAAUUUGACCAAUUCAACCGUUAAAAUAAACUGAAGUCUCACGAACUUGGGUUAUUUUGGUGUUUGACAAUAUUUUCCAUCGCACAUAUACUGUAAUCUCUAUGGAAAUAGUAGGCGAGGCGCAUGGUGCAUUGCGGAACCGCUUCUACCUUCUACCUGCUGUUUUGUCUGAUAUGUGUGUAGCAUCGUAAAUGUUCGGUGUUCAGGGGUAGUUUACCGUAGUACAUUUCGUUGUUAACUGGAAUGCGCGGUGCGCGUAAUGUAAUAUUUUACUGACAAUUUUAAAGGUGUUCUUUUAGUAAUGGUGAAUCAAGCUAAAGCCGCUGAUCCAAUUGUAGGGCACCCUCCUCAUUACCUCCAUGAGUUGUCACAACAAGAAGAAGAAAGACUGGGAAAUAUUUUCAAAUCACUCGAUGUUGAUGGCAAUGGCAAAAUAGACAUUCAUGAUCUGUCUGUUGCUCUCAAAGAAUGCGGUGUUCACCAUGCAUACGCCAAGAAAUUUAUGGAACGUUCGGACAAGAACAAGAGUGGGGACCUGACGUUAGCGGAGUUCAUCCACUACGUCAAGGAACACGAGAAGAAUCUGCGGCUACAGUUCACACACAUAGACAAGAAUAAAGAUGGUAAAAUUGAUGCUGAGGAGUUAAUACGGUCAUUUAAAGAAUUAGGAGUUGAUAUUGACAAUAAAGAAGCUAUGAAUUUACUUCAGAGGAUGGACCAGGACGGCAGUCUCAACAUCAGCUUCGACGAGUGGAGGGACUUCCUGCUGUACGCCCCCAGCACAGACAUCAUCGAGCUGAUCAAGUAUUGGCGCCACUCCACGUACCUGGACAUCGGGGAGGACCUGAACGUGCCGGACGACUUCACGCAGAAGGAGAUGCUGACGGGCAUGUGGUGGCGGCACCUGGUGGCGGGGGGCAUCGCGGGCGCCGUCUCCCGCACCUGCACCGCCCCCCUGGACCGGCUCAAGGUGUACCUGCAGGUGCACGGCACGAAGCAGAUCGGCAUCAAGCACUGCCUCAAGCACAUGUUCCGGGAGGGCGGCGUGUGGAGCUUCUGGCGGGGCAACGGCAUCAACGUGCUGAAGAUCGCGCCCGAGUCUGCGGUCAAGUUCCUGGCGUACGAGCAGGCCAAGCAGCUGAUCCGCGGCAGCAAGACGCGCGAGCUGUCCAUCUACGAGCGCUUCGUGGCGGGCUCGCUGGCCGGCGGCUUCAGCCAGACCGUCAUCUACCCCCUGGAGGUGAUGAAGACUAGGUUAGCGCUGCGGACGACAGGCCAGUACAAGAACAUAGUGGACGCUGCGAAGAAGAUGUACUCAAAAGGCGGCCUGGGGAGCUUCUAUAGAGGCUACGUUCCCAAUCUCCUGGGCAUCAUUCCUUACGCUGGAAUAGAUCUGGCAGUGUACGAGACGCUGAAGAACUCGUACCUGCGGCAGCACAGCGACGGGGACCGGCCCAGCACGCUCCUGCUGCUGUCGUGUGGCACGGCUUCCAGCACGUGUGGGCAGGUGUGCAGCUACCCGCUGGUGCUGGUCAGGACACGGCUGCAGGCUCAAGUGGUGACGAGCGUGGGGCAGGCCGGCUGCACGAUGACGGGGCUGAUCCGGGACAUCGUGCAGCGCGAAGGGGUCGCGGGGCUGUACCGCGGCAUCACCCCCAACUUCCUCAAGGCCGCGCCGGCCGUGAGCAUCAGCUACGUGGUGUACGAGCGGUGCCGGCAGGCGCUGGGCGUCAACAUGACGUGAUGGGCGACGUUGCGCCCCCCGACGCGUGACGGACCGCCGAGGACGGCUCCCCCCCGUGCCAACCCUCGUUAUUUAUUUCCUCACGGGAACGAAACACAUCUGCUGGUCAGAAUUUCUAUUUUAGGGCGAGUUACAAUUUAUUUUUUUGAAGUUAUACUUCUUAAGGCAUUUGAGAAUGAUCACGAAUAUGAAAUUUCAAAUAUGCGUGCGACAUACAGUGGGAAUUUAAUAGGUUGAAAUCCAAUGCUUAAGCCCAUUUUGUUUUAUCUGUGUUCAAAAGCUGUUUUCAUUUUAAUAAUUCUGAUACGGUUCCGUAAGGAACGUGUACCAGUUAACAUCAGAAUGAAGAAAAUAUGCAAAUAUUUUCAGCACGUUUAAACUUAAUCUUUUACCAUGCAAACUUAAAUAUUGACCCAGCUCAAUAAAGUUAAUUUUGUAAGCAAAAUUUAGACUGACUUAAGUUUAUAUAGCUAAAACAAAGAUGCAUGUACAUACCUAGUGUCGUAUCAGGUAAGAGCUUUACAAUAUUUGAGAAACAGUUUUUUUGUAAGUUUUGUUUCCAAUUUUGGUUUUAUAAUCAUGCCAAAGAAGUAUAACUCUUAAUGUGUGUAUGUAAAUGAUUUUUUUUUUUUUAAUAAUUUAUUCUUUGAAAAAGAAGCUGUGAUUGUGAACUCUACUUGGAGUACAAAGACUUUGUAUCUGGUACUUUAGCCACUCGCAAGCAAAUCAUGUCUUUCCAUAAAUGUUUACAGUCAUUUUAGAGUAGCGGAGGAAAUUUAUUCUGGAAUAUUACGUUACAAUAUAUGCAUGUAUUCAGAGUACAUGUGGUUAACAUUCCACACAAUUUCAUGGUAUAAUUGCUUCUGUCCAUUGUUAAGUGUAGUGUGUGGAGCGAUAUGUACCAUAUUUACCAACAGAACAGUCACCUCUGUGUAGGGGUCGCAUCUAUAAUUUGGGUUGUAAAAAUAAAACUUUUUUCUCCCGUAAGGGUCGCCUUCAAGUAUGAGUCGCACCAUAUCUGCCUACAGUAGUCUUUGUUCUGUGUCUCAGCUUAUUGGUGCGUAAGAAAUACGGCACUGGUGUUGAACAUCAAUCCUCUUUUUGUCGGUUCUCUGUCCUGCUUUAUGACUACUAAUAACGAGGCAGCUGUGUAUCCCUUCCUGGCUAUUGUAUUUUUUUUUAAACCAGUCAUCUUGCAGAAUGUAAAAAAAAAAAACUUGUUUGUUUCUUUAAUAAAAACUAGACAGCAUGUUAUAAUCGGUGAGAAAUCCUUUCUGCGCUAGCUGUAAAACUUAAAAAGCUGGGAUUUGAAAGCUGAGGAAUCUCGUGCAAAAAAAAAAUGUUGGGGUCACAGUUGCGUAUUUAAAACCUGUCAAAAUAGACACGUGGAGAUGUGGACAUUUUCCCCUCACCGGCCAGGCAGAUAUAGCGCAAUGGCACCAUUUAUAAUGCUUUCCACACGGCUCAGGUAUUUUAACUAAACAAUUUAUACUUACUCGUAACAUACUUAUUAAAAACCAACACCGGAGAAUUAUUUACAUAAAAGCUCAAGACAUGUUGCAAUUAUAAUUUUUUUUUAUACAAAAUGAUAAAUUCUAGAUAAGUCGCACUACUGUUUUAAGCUGAAAAAUCAGCAUAGCAUAUGCGACUCUUGUGCAGGUAAAUAUGGUACACGUAUUUUCUUCCACGAGUCCAUUUAUUCUGUGUGACAUUUCUUGUGCCUACAGCCUGCCUAGCACAUGUGUAAGUGGUUGAAUUUUUGUUUGUAUUGUAAAAUAAGCAUGCAAGGUUUCAUAUAAAAGAUAUGCUUAAAUAUUCGUAUUGAAAAUGAAGCCAGAGAUAUAUCUUUUGUGUUCCAAGUAAGUUGUUUCCUUACUUUCAUAAAUGUGAUUCACUAAUCACAUUUAUUUUGCAAAGGAAUGUUUUUAUAAGUGGUUUUUACUAGUAAGUUGUCCAGUUUGUUGUUAAAAUGUUUUAUUUUAUUUAGAACUAAUUUUUUCUAAAAAUUCCUUUUGUAGUGUUUACUAUCAGAAAAAUCAUAAUAAAAUUUAAAACUUUUUAAAAUCAUGACAGUGUCAAUCACUGGUUAUCUUUGUUCACACAGUAUAUAUUGCAUUUGAAAACUGUUCAAAUCAUCUUAGAUGUUACAUACAUUUUUUUAUUGCAGAAUCAUGGUUGUAUCUUUUUUCUCUACAAACUUCCUUCAGCUUGUUACACUUUGAUGGAGCCAAAAAAAAUUUUAAGUGUUAACUAGGCUUGUGCAAAUAUUUUAAAUUUCAAAUACUAAAAUUUAUUGUUCAUUAACAAUUAAACUUUGAUAUAAUGAAUAUUGUAUGCUUUUUGAAGUGUAGUGAAGCUGCUCUAAAUCACCUCAAGUAACUAUCAACAUUAGUUACACUAAUUAUUAAUGUGUACACAACCUUUCUUUGACCUAACAGGUUCAAUAUAAUUGAACAUAUUUUAAGUGAUGGUUUGAGUUGAAAUUACUAUACAAUAUUUUGAAUUUGUAUAAUUUUUGACAAAUGUUUAAGUUUUUUUUACAAGAAAUGCAAAACUAAUUAACAAAUAGUAUUUUGCAGUUGCAUGCAAGUAUAUUAAAUGAGUUAUUUGAAUGGUCAUUAAGAAUUAUAAAAUUCCCAUUUCCAAUAAUUAAAAUACCAUAUUCUAUUUUGUAAAAUUUGUAUACAAAUUAUCAAACAAAAAAAAUUGCACAGGUCUAGUGAAAAAUAUGGUGCUGUAAUGUGUGUUCAGUUAUAUGUACAUGUGCAAAACUUUGUGACUGAUAAUCAGAUGCAGUAAUGUAUUAAGGUCAGAUUACAUAAUGUCUUAAGAGUAAUGAUGCAAUAAGCAAGUUAUCUACUUCGUAGAUUUCAUCUGUUGUUAUUGUAGAUGAAUGUAAUCAAUAAUAAAGUACUAAAACUGUUGAUGUAUGCUGCCCAUUGUGAAGCAAUGUUGUUUUUAUUGCAAUAAAGGCAUAUUAUUGUAAACAAUCAUUUGCUUCACAUUACAUUACUUCAUCUGCAGUUACAAACUACUUUAUCUCUGAAAUGGUUGCAUGUUUUACUUGCUAACAGUAUAAUUUUUCAUCAAACAUUUUUGUGUACAUAAUUAUAUUUUACUGUAUACAACAAAUAUUACAAUAGAAUAUAUAAUACUCUAUAAAAAAAAUAGACUUCUAAGAAUUUUUUUGGUUUUAAAAAAUGUACAUUCCCUGCUGGUAACAUGUCACAUUUAUGUUUCUGUUAUUCACAUAAAUAAUAAAUACAAUUUGUUGCAAUAUCUCCUGUGUCUGCAUAAUGAGUGUGUUUACUAAUAAGAUUAAAAUAAUUCAGUUUAUUUUGCUAUUUGACCUAUUCUUCCAUUUACAUUCACAUUCAUCCACAUAUUCCUUCUAUUGAACUGUGUAUGUAAGAUAUGUGGUUAUGUACUUAGCUGACUUCCAUCCCCCCUUUCCCCCUGGGCAUUUAAUACACAGCAAUUUUGUCAGGCCAUUACUUAAUUUUUUCAUGUGACCCAUUAUUUCAUUUCAAUAGCUGAUGACAAAUAUAUAUCCUACAGCAUCAGACACACAAAUAUUUUGAAUGUAGAUAUUUAGUAUGGUUAUGGGCACAGUUUACUAGCUAAAAAAAAUUUUUUCUGGACAAACAUACUUCACAAUUUAAUAUUUAUACUAUUGCAUAAUGUUUGCAAAUGGUUAUGCACUUACAUUUUACACAUAAAAGAUUUGUCAAACAUUGGUUUUAUGUGAAUUCUUUUGCCAUUGGCUAGAAGUGAGUACAUAGUAUGGCAAGGUGAUAUCUGUGCUGAUGUAAAAACAUUUUGUACAUUAAAAUUAAAUUACUGCAAUACAGUCAAACCUCUAUCUAUCGUUUUUCAGGGGACCAACAAAAAAAUUCAGUAGAUGCGGACAUUCAAUAGAUGUGGACUUCACUCUAAGAAUUUUAAAAAAAUAUUUCAACCUCAAAAUUAGUGUCAGAAAUAUAUCAGUUACUUGUCAUUAAAGUUAAAUCAGUUGAAAAAUAAAUAAAAAUGGAAGUAUUUUACUUAAUUUAAUUUACACUUGCAAAAAAAAAAACAUACGCACUAUAAAUCUACAUGGAAAUUAGUCUUUUUCAAUAUCCUGAAGUCUGAAAUAUGUUUACUCAUGUCAUCAAAUGUAGAGCUGUACUGAAGAAGCCGAUUUUGCCAAUAUUUAGUUGAAUCGGCAUUUCUGCUGACUUCAGAUACGCUUUUUAAUUUUCUGCCGAUAUUACUGAAAAACGAGAGAGACUGCCAUAACCUAAAAAUCCACGAUUACCCUUUUCACUUUUCGUAGUAGUAUUGCAUUCUUUCAGAUCGCAUUAUUUCUUCGCAACAUGUGCCAAACGUACAUAUAAAAAUUUAACAUCCUAUUUUUCAAUAAGUUCUUUAAUUUUAAUAUGUCAUAAAUAAAUACAUUACCGUCACGGUAAAUAUACAUCUCGGUUGUUACGGUAACUGUAGUGCAAAUGUGGUAGCUAUCGUGCUUCUGUGGUAAUUAUGGUAUCGACAAAGAAUCUUUAGUUCUUUUUAUGGUAAUUAUCUUAGGAUAACAAUUGGGUUUGUACUGUAGUUAUGGUACAUCAUCCAUAUUUCUUCGUAAGCUGUUGUUCAUUUGUCUUUUCUUCAUAUUUACGUGCUCCAUUACUUGGCUGCAGAUUUAAGGUGAUUUUUACUACUGUAUACUAUCGUUACUGUUUUUAUGACGGUUUAUUACUAAGAAAUGGUUAUUUCUGCAAAAUCUUUAUGGUUAAACGAUCAUCUAUUAUAAUUUAUAGUGACGGGACCACAUAUUUUGUACGAUCAAUGCGGACAAAACGAUAAUUCGAACAUCGGUACAAGCGGACUUUUUUAACCUUAGUUGUAUGGCAAUUUUGCCGGGACCGUAGAAAGUAUACGAUAAACACGGCCAAUCGAUACAUGCGAGUUCGAUAGAUAGAGGUUUGACUGUAUAACUUGCCAUUGCUGAAUUGCAAUGCCUGAUGCUAUAGGAUAUAUAUUUGUCAUCAAAUAUUGAAAUAAAAUAAUAAGUUACAUGAAAAAUUUAAGUAAAAGCCUGACAAAAUUGCUAUUUAUCUAAUACUUUAGUGUGCAUAUAAACUCAUGCCCAGGUUGAUGGAAGAAUACAUAUAACCAUAUUAUGUUAUGUGACAUAUGUUAACACCAUUGUUAUUUACUUAUCACUGACUGACAAUUCUUCUAAUGUCUAACU